AUGAAUGCUGUGAACAUCGAGGAAUACCUCACGCCCGUUGGAUCGGAAUUGAGAAGCUGUAACUGGCGUUCAGAUGUGCUUGUUUCGGUGGAUCUCCGGUUGCAGACGCCUCACUCGUCCCAGCGUCAGGAUAUCGGAGCAGGUGCCGAUAGAAAAUGAUUCGUCUAAUCCCCGGUGAAACAUCUGGAUUCGGCGCCCUCCGAAAUGUCGACACUAAACUCCGCAUCAAAUUCCGCUCCGUCUAUCCAGUGACUUGAAACUUUUCGACAAAAAUGUGAUGAAGGUCUUUUCUCUUUUCGCGAAACUGCAUUGUGAUAUGUAGCAAACUAAUGGAUUGGAAACGAAUUCUUAACGGUCUAACUUUUUUUCUAAAUAUCUUUCCACGGCUUUUAAAUUCGUAAUCUCGGUGUUUAUUUUUAUUUUAUGCAAAGUUAACGAAUAUCUAAAAUCGUGCCCACCUUUUUGGAAUUCUCUCCAGAGAUAAAUCGUUCCACUUAUUUUUCACCGUGGCAUCGUUGUUUUCAUCGAGAAAAUAUGCAUACUGAAAUUAUUGGAGUCGUUUAAAAUUAUGAAACAUAACAAAAAUACCAGCCUUCUUUAAGGGCAGUUUAACUUUUUUGGACAGAACCUUUAUUUUUACUACUUUAAAAUUUUCGACUGUGAUAAAAAAAAAUCCAUAGAGAACAUCGAUAAAGUCUAAGAGCAUUUUUAAAUUAAUAAGAGAAAAAAAAUCUCUCAUGGAAAUUCGAAUUUUUUUGGAUGUUCAAAGUACAAUAAAUAUUAAACCACAGUGGAAUUUUACCCGGACCAAAUUAAAAUUAUCAUCCUAGCCUAGCGUAAGGUAAUUAUUGGCGAACCGUGACGUGACGUAACGCAACGCUAUUAAAGUAAAAUAACGUCGGUGCCGUGAAAUAAAACUGGGAACGUGAGAUAGCACUUGACAAUGAGAAUAUUCUAACCUAACGCAAAGUAACUUCAGCCGAAACGUGUCGAAAACGCCAGUAACGUGAGAUGAAUUCAUUAACAUAGCACAACGCCGUUAACGUAAGAUAUCGCAGGUAACGUAACGUGACGUGAGACAACGUCCGCGGCUUUACGUAACGACGGUAACGUAGAAUAACGUUCAUAACGUAACGUGACGUGAGACAACGUCCGCGGCUUUACGUAACGACGGUAACGUAGAAUAACGUUCAUAACGUAAUGUGACGUGAGACAACGUCCGCGGCUUUACGUAACGACGGUAACGUAGAAUAACGUUGAUAACGGAAUGUCACGCACGAUGAGGAUUCGGUAAGGCGACAAUGUCCGCAACGACCGGGACGUUUUCGACGAUGGCGUACGAGCUGGUGAACAUCUCGAUGGAGUGGGAGAACGGGUCGUGGGCGUGGAACGGGACCCUGGACUACCUGAACGUGACGCGGGAACUACCGAUCCGUUACGCACAGCCGAUGUACGGCUACAUGAUGCCGUUCCUCCUGCUCAUCACGAUCGUGGCGAACACGCUGAUCGUGGUGGUGCUCUCGAAGCGGCACAUGCGGACGCCGACGAACGCGGUGCUCAUGGCGAUGGCCCUCUCGGACAUGUUCACCCUCCUCUUCCCGGCCCCGUGGCUCUUCUACAUGUACACCUUCGGGAACCACUACAAGCCCCUCUCCCCCGUCGGCGCCUGCUACGCCUACACCAUCAUGAACGAGGUCAUCCCCACCCUCUUUCACACCGCCUCCAUCUGGCUCACCCUCGCACUCGCCGUUCAAAGAUAUAUCUACGUUUGUCACGCACCGGUGGCCCGGACGUGGUGCACGAUGCCCCGAGUCCUCAAGUGUAUAACGUGGAUCGGGAUCCUGGCCACGCUCCACCAGUCGACCCGCUUCCUCGACAAGGUCUACGAGCCGGUCACCAUCACUUGGAGAGGACAGCAUCCCAUCACCGUCUGCAGGGUGCACGACGCGGCGUGGGUGCGGGACACGGUGAGCCUGGACGUGUACUACACGAUGUACUACGGGUUCCGGGUGAUCUUCGUGCACAUGGGGCCGUGCAUCUCCCUGGUGGCGCUCAACGUGCUCCUCUUCCGGGCCAUGCGGGAGGCCCAGCUCAAGCGGGACAAACUCUUCAAGGAGAACCGCAAGUCCGAGUGCAAGCGACUCCGCGACUCCAACUGCACCACCCUCAUGCUCAUCGUCGUCGUCACCGUCUUCCUCAUGACCGAGAUCCCUCUCGCCGUUGUCACCAUCCUGCACAUAAUCUCGAGCAGCAUAACGGAGAUCCUGGACUACACGGUGGCGAACGUGCUGGUGCUGUUCACGAACUUCUUCAUCAUCGUGAGCUACCCGAUCAACUUCGCCAUCUACUGCGGGAUGUCGCGACAGUUCCGCGAGACCUUCAAGGAACUCUUCAUCCGCGGCGCAGUCCAGGUGACCCGCAGGAACGGCGCCGGCGGCAGCUCCCGCUACUCCCUCGUCAACGGGCCCAGGACCUGCACCAACGAGACUAUACUAUAAUUAUAUACAGUCUUCUUUUAAAUACAUUUUCCUUCUUCUUUUCUGUUAUCAUAGUACUGGAGAUAAGAAACUGAACGAAAAUCCUACUUCCACCGAAAAACUUAAAAUUCAGCACUGGGAAAAAAAACACAUUGGAUCUAGAGUCCAGGCUCUUGAAAACAUUGACAAAAAAAA